CCCAGCAACAGUGACAAUUUUUACUACAGGCAGACACAAUUUCAUGCCAGUCACAGUCACAUUUUUUUAUUUCCUCAAAAACAAGUUCUGUCUUGUUCAACCCACCGCACGACAGACAGUUCUUUCUCAUAAGGAUCUCCAAAAUCAUGUCUCAACCAGAGGAAACGGAAUCACAACAUUCUCCGGCUAUCCAGCGGCCAAUUAUUCCUCACGGUACUUGUUACUGUGAGUAUUUGAACGAGCCUGACAAGAACUGGCCACAGUUGAAUCGUGAGCAGCGUUUUAUGGUGCGCACGUUACAUCAUACUGCCAACUGGACACACAAGAAGAUUUCAGACGAGUUGGGAUAUUUCCUAGAAGAUGUCGAGAGAGUUUGUGUAGAGCCCCCGACUCGUCGCCAGGAUUAUCAUGGACUAUCUGAGACGAUCAAGGCUCAAGUAAAGUCCUUCAUGGAUCAGGACGACAGUCAUCAUCGUAUACCAUGGGAGGACCUACGGUUCUAUCUCGAAGAUCUCUGGGAUUGUAGCGAUUCUCUAAUUGUAGAGACCUUGACAAGCCUUGGCUAUCGGCGUACUACCGCUAUUACCCCUUCUCCCAUUGACCGUCAAGAACUGAAUAUACGCGUGGGGUUUGCCAGGUAUUGUUUGGAGAAGUUCCCGAAACAGCGCGACUGGUCUGAAAAGGGCGACCCGUACGUGCUUUUUACGGGUCAGGCUUGGGCACACACGAAUCCGAUACAUCCGUCUUGGAAAGUAAUCCACCAAUGUCAAGAUCCUGUUGAGUGGGAUCUCCUCCAAGGAGGAGGCCAUGGAUGGAUGAUAUGGGGCUGCUUUACUGGAAACCGUCCAGGCCCUUGCUUUAUCUGGCCAAAAAGACAUGAAAGCAUCACAGCAGACGACUACAUACGGCAUAUCGUCCCUCUCAUCCACAAGUUUCUCAAUGAUCAUCCGGAAGGUAUUGUUGCACUGGACAGAAGCGAACAGGAGUUCAACAUGAAAACCAGGCUGCGCAUGUCUGAGCUAGAGAUCGGAGCAUUGAGAUUUCCGAGCAAGUCUUUUGAUCUCAAUCCCAUGCUGGACAUAUUUCGAUGGAUGCAGGAACACCUGUCCAGCAGCUACGACACGCGACGCAUGAGUCUAGAAGAUGUUAGGGAAGCGCUGUAUGAAUGUUGGUAUGCGACCCCCCCGCAGAUCAUGCGCAAGGCUACCGCUAGCAUGAAACAGAAAUUUCAGGAUGUCAUCAAACACUCGGGAAUGCCUCAGGAUGAUAAGCUGGUAUUGUUCUCCUGAUGCGACCGACCACAGAUCAACACAAGAAUGGCUGCAAGGGCUAGCUUGACGAAUUCGGUAUAUGCAGAGGGUGUGGUAUAAUUGGGAGUAUGGCAGAUAAUGGUUAAGGAAAUUCAACGCUUUUCUUAGAAAUAGAAUCAAGGUUUAGUAUAACUGGGUACGGCCUCUAUGGUGAAAUGAAUUACAUUGACAUUUGCGAAACUUGCUCCUCGCGAGCCUUAGAACUGUUACGUGAAAACAACAAGAUGUUCUCAUCGCGGAACAGUUAUUAGGACACUUAUAUGCAGAGCUUUGCGAAUAUU